CCUGGGUUUAGGUGGGAUGCAAGAAAUUGGAAUAUCCAAAAAUAUUUCUCUUAUCUCCUCAUCCCUAGGUCUCUGCAAGAUGUCUGCUCAUCUGCAAUGGAUGAUUGUGCGCAACUGCUCCAGUUUCCUCAUCAAAAGGAACAAGCAAACGUACAGCACGGAACCCAACAAUCUUAAAGCUCGCAACUCUUUCCGCUACAAUGGACUGAUCCAUCGCAAGACUGUAGGGGUGGAGCCUGCUGCUGAUGGGAAAGGAAUCGUUGUGGUCCUCAAGAAACGUGCAGGUCAGCGGAAACCAGCCACCUCCUAUGAGAAGAUUACGGUCAACAAAAAUGCACGUGCCACGCUCAGCAGCCUGCGCCACAUCAUCCGCAAGAACAAUUACCGCAAGGACCUGCGCAUGGCUGCCCUGCGUCGUGCUAGUGCAAUUUUGCGCAGCCAGAAGCCAGUGGUGGUGAAGAAGAAGAGGACCCGGGCUACCAAGACUGCUUAAAAGAGUUGCCAGAUAAUCCAAUAAAGGAUCAGAACCAGAA